AGGCUCUUGCUAGUACAUCAUAGAUUAGUGUCCUCCCGUCUGAAGAAGUCAUCGUAAUCCUCGUAAUGAAGUCCAGCACAACUGCUGAACUGAAGUUACUUAGUACAAGAACGAGUGCAGCAGUGGAACGAGGGUGAUGAUGACGGGUGUAGUUCCUCAGACUCCUGCAGCGGUGGAACAUCAUGUUGUCUCAACCGGGCGCUCUUAAGGCUAGUCUAUCUAGUAGUUCCGAGUAGUUCCCGUCUGGACUAUGUAUGUUGAGUGGGCUCCUUCCUAUUAUUUCAAUGGGACGGUCAUUAUGAGGGGAAGAACGGAGGCUCGAGGAUACAUGUUCUCCCUGUGGAUGGCGAGUCAACUCCUAUCUUAUCCUAAGAAAGGGAACCCACUCAACCACGCAUAGUGAAGAACUACCUUUAAGGUUCAGAGAGUCCAGGCUCUGCCGCUGUGGAAUCGCAUACAACCUGCCAACCUCUGAAAGAGGCGAGAAAAGCUGUGGAGGUUAGUUAAGGCCCGCACAUGUCCAUGUUUGAGAAGAUCGAUAAGUAUAACAGACUAUUUAGUCGCCAGUAUCGAUAAGUAACAUCACAAUCGUUUUUAGUUUGGUACACGUAUAGCUACACCUACAGGGGCUCCUCGUUUACUUUUCGACCUACAAUCUAAUCAUCAUUUUAGCUUUUGCAUGCUGAAGGAGAAGGUGUUGUAAGAUCACUGGUUCUCGUGCAUGUAGAUCAUCUUCAAGGACAGUAGUUCUCGUACUUUUGUUCUACAUAUUUAUAGUUUGUAUCUUCGUUCACGUACAACACCUACACGUAGUCGUAGAGGAACGUGAAGCACUAAAAUAGUGAUUUUGAUUUUCAUCAGUAGACGAAACCAAAAUUUUGAAUUUUCUCCUGCCGAACCAGCGGUAUUUGUCUCUUCCAAUUUGCAACGCAGAACAGAAAGUCAUAUGUGAACGUGAACGCACUCCGGAAUACGCUAGACGCCGUGAAUGCGGAGCUAGCUGAGAUAGUUAUGGAGGACGAUUGGUUACAUUUCUUCUAGCGGAGAAGAUAGGGAACAAAGUUAUAGCCCUUGUUCCCUCCUCUUUUGGGCACUUCAAUGGCCCCGAACGCUCGCUCCUUUGUUUUGAGUGAGCUAACUCCUAUCCUAUGCUAGGUGUACGUACGCACCAUCUGCAUCACUUCUAAUGCCAAAGAUGAUCCAGAAGAGGAAGCACCCCGCGGCCAAGAAGACUCAACGAAAGAUGCUUCAGCGCCAGGAAAAGAUGGCGGCACAAAUAAAUUGGCGACCAAACGACCGCAACAGCACGGUGGAGCGACUUCUUCAACUUCACCAGGUGCAUCGGUUGAUGAGCACGUCCACUUGUUACGGCAACCUCCGCUUCUAAAGUUAGUUGAUAGAACUUAUGUAGGAUGGACUUGGAUGGAUCGGAUGGACCUUCCUGAUUCUUCCAAUCCUACUCGAAAUGGUGGGAAGUCCAUCCGAUCCAUCCUAUCCCGAACCCAUCCGAAAAUCAUGGCACUUAUAAGGAAAAUCGUGGUAGAAGGAAAAAUAAAAGUCCGCUUCUAAAGUUGGUUGAGUCGGCGGCGCAGACAGCACGAGGGGCUUCAUCUGUAGCGCGCAGUGUACGUAUAAAAGACCCAGAAACGGGCAAAGAAUUGGAUCCAAGAACGUAAUUUUUGAUGAUGAGGAGUGUGUUAGCCUAGUAGAAUCAGUCACAAAUGCACAAUCUCAGGAGCAACAUAGAAGUUUUUCUAUCUGUUCACGACCACUUCUCAUCAGAAAAAAUUCAAAAUUCUCAUCCAGGCCUCCACCACACCCUGGCUCAAAAGCUGUGCUCCUGUUGAAUGCCGACGUGGAGAAGUCCGACAGUGGUACCCCAAUACGGAUAAAGUCAGCCCUCGCAUCACCAGCAUCGCGGAAAAGCACGCCAAACAGGAACGUUUCGUUUCAAAGUCGGGUUUCGGUUGUGCAGGUAUUCAUCAGUACCACUCCAGUACAUUGAGAUUGUGAUCUAGUACCUCUUGCCAGGCACAUCAAUCAAUCAAUCAAUCAAUCAAUCAAUCAAUUCUGAAAAAUCUAAUCACACCUCCUCCAUAAAAGUUGUUCCCAUGAUGACAACUUCAGCAUUCACUCCUCAACAAGAACAACACAGGUAGAAAGUAUGAAGAGCUACGCGACUAUGGGGCCACGAAGGGUAGAGUAUAAUAGCGGAAUAUGUUGUAGUGGUUCGAGUCUGAUACACACACCACCAAGAUCCAUACCUGAUCAUACGGGAAAAGUCGUGCGUCUCAACAUCGUCUUACAAACUAGCAGCACACUGUUUGGAGCGCAUCCUGGUAUAGUCUUACAAACUAGCAGCACCACACUGUUUGGAGCGCAUCCUGGUAUGGUACCUAUAUUAUAGUAUAGUAUAAUACUAACUUGGAUUAGGAGAUGUUCGUAACGAUAGAUACUUAGAUUAGAAAUCAAGUAUCGGUAUCCACCAACAUGAUGAUAAACAUUCAUAAUUCAGGCACAGGCUCUCACUAAUUCAUUCAUCAGGUCUCAGGGAGAUGGAUGUUCUGCAGCCGCCAAAGGCGUUGAGGCACAAAGGCGUACCAAAAGAUACGUGGGCCACUAUAGUUGGUGGCUUGCGAACACUGCAGCAGUACUAGACUUUUUUAUAUAUAGAGAGUUUUUUCGACCAGGCUGGUGUAGCUGGUUGUAGUGGCAGUGGAGGUGUGUUUCAAAUUCAAUCAUCUGAUCCGAUAAUGAUAUCUCAGAUGUCUCAUCCAUCAUAAGGAUCAAUUCUCUCUCAGGAAGCAUUUUCCGGGCCAGGUGAGCCAAAUUCUUUUGUUAUGAACGGAUCGUGGAUCUCGAGGACCUUGAUUGUAUGACGACCAAGUCUAUCAUCUCUGUCCGAGUGAAUGAGGAAAAUACUCUGUUCGCCCACAACGAGAACGAGAACCGAAAAGGUUAAGAAAAAGAAAGUGGAGAGAUUUGAGAAAUAGGGGCGUGCCCAAAUAUGGCACGACUCCAAUCAAUGAACUCCUACAAUGACAGCACUGAAAUCAUAGACCGACCAACUUAAUCGUGUGCAGGGCCGGCCUUUGAGUCAAGUGACAGACUAACCAAAUAGCCACAACCUCCCGGGAUAUAUUUACGAAGUAUUUAAGUGCUCACCUUAUACCGCAGAGAUGACGAGACUCCUACAGGAGUCACGAGCCCCUUUACGCUAUAUACUAAUAUAGUCGUGGGGGUCUCUGUCAUUUCUUAAGUAAGUAAAUAGACAAGCUAUACCAUAUGUUUCCCCCUCUAGUUUUUGACUUUCAAGAAUAAUAUUUUUUUACUUUUUGGUUUUUAAUAGGAAGCAGAAAAUUAAAAUCUGUAACGUAUUAGAGUCAUCAAGUGAAUAAAUACAAACUACCCACUUUCCUAGGGGUAACACUGAACGGCUAAAAUUUUCCAUGAUCUUCAAUCAAUCAAUCAGUUAAUCAAUCAAGUUAUUGGUAAGUAGGCUCCUAGUUUUCUCCAAGCAUCAAAUCAAUCAAUCAAUCAAUCAACUUCUUGGUAGUAGGCUCCUACUUAGUUUAUCUCGUGUUCAACCAUUCAAAAUUUUCCGUGUUCUUCAAAUCAAACAUUGAAAUCAAUCAUCUAGUGUUCUACUGCUUCUCAAUCAUAUAAUCAAUUACGAUCUUAAGAGUUUUCUCAAUCAAUCAACAACUACAAAAUCAACCACUCACGUCAUAACAUUUUUUAACAUUACAACACAAUCAUAAUUUCACGCAUUAGCACCACCUUAAGGCAUUAGAACAAUUACAAAAUCAAACAUCAACGUGAAAAUAUUUUUUUUACUUUUUGACUAUCAUCAACAACAACAACAUCCAGCAAGUUAGUCAUCACAUCAACCACGUGCUUACAGCAACUAAAUCAUUAAAUCACUCAACAACAACGUCACAACUUAAGGCUUUCCGAGUCACUCACUUAAGGCAUAUUUUUUCCGACCAACAACGACGUCGCACCAACGAACAGCAGAAAAACGAAACCACGCCGGGGCCUUAUUUUUCUGUCAAUUGUUAAGAUUAUCAUAGCGUUCCAAACCUUUGGAACUCGACGGUUUGAAUUAUUAGGCUGUUGCUUGUAACCAACAAGCAAAUCGCUAAGUUCUAAGCAUCGAAAUAAAUAAUUUUUCACUGGUUCGAGGAGCCUACUAGCCAUCUAGUUAGGAGCGUAAAACUAAAGGCAUCAGCAACAAGAUGCCACCGCCGAAGAUGAAAAGGGCGACGCCAAAGAGCGCCGCCAAGGGAUCCACUCCCAACGGAGUGAUCAAGAAGAUGGAGAAACGGGAAGCGCAUCUAAUGGACCUUGUAGCUAAAACGCAAAAGGAAAGUCAGACGCUUCGCAACCAGAUCGCUGAAGAAGUGACCAAGCAAGUCGGGGCAGUCCUGGACGCACAAGCUGGACAUGACUCCAAGAAAGUGAGACCGUCUUCGAAUGAUGAAGCCGCAAGGCCAUCCUUGCCGGCCGCUAAGGUCGACGAAGAUGGAGUGCAGACCAUCGAAGAAAUUGAACCAGCCAAGACCGAAGAAAUUAUUGGUGGCAAUUACUGGGGGCCGCCUAUGACCUUUUCGGUCUGGUUCAAAUCCCUACAGAAGGUCAAUAAGUUUUCGACCAUUGUACAGCGCGCAAGUUCGCGAUUAAGUACAAGCACACGGCCGCAAAAUUCGCGAUCUUGCUCAACGAACUUGAAGCCGCUAUGCAAAGUAAAAACGAAAACUGGGCUUGGGCCAAACAGUGCAAGUUCCUCUUGGAAAGUUGGAAGCAGAAGCAUGAGAAUGAAACCGUUCUCAGGUCUAAGCUGUCUGCUUUUACCAAAAUACCUUCUGAAUCCUACGCAGAAUUCCUCGAGCGAUUCAAACUGUUGGCCAAUCAACUGCCAGACUCUAUCCACUCCACUACGGGAUGGAUCGACGUCUUCAAAGCUAAGUGCCCGAAAGUCUUGCAAGUGCAACUGAUCGACGACUCCUGCACCACGUGGGAACAAGUUCAAUCUUCUUGCUUGAAACUACAGGAGAAGGACAGUCUCGCUACGAACUCGUCCCCCUCUACGAAUCCGCAUCCAGGUCAAAAUCUUGCUGCUCAUCCCAGCCCAUUGCUGUGGGUGCAGACAAGUAACUGGAAGCAAAGCGGAAAGCACGGCAAAAAGAGCAGUUGGAAACCUAGCAAAGGCGUACAGAAAUCCGAUAAGUCUUCGGGCUACAAGGGUUUCUACAAGGGCAAAGGAAAGAACAACCAGAACAAGGGCAAAGGAGACCCGCCAGGGGGCUUCCGUCCUGAGCGUAACUACAAUGCUACUUCUUCCAGUCCUUACAGUCCAGUAUACCUCCAAGCAGAUGCUACUUCUACUUGGCAAGAGGUUUCCAGUCCCAGUUGGCAAAACUUAAAUGAUUCUUCUUGGCACAACGUCAAUGAGGAUGACCUUCCGAAGUGGGAACUCAUCGGUCUCCAAGAGGCACGAGAACAGCAACACCACCAGCAGCAACACCAUCAGCAACAACAUAAAGGAGGAUCUUCUAGUAGUUCUUCUUCGAAGCUGAUUCUAGUGCUGUUGCAGUUGUCUUCGACGCAAGUAUCCAAGACAACCGAAUGGGUAAUCGAUAGUGGAGCUGCUCGUCACCUGACUAGUUUGCCCAUAUCCAACCCCAAGACGGUGGACAUCAAGUUAACGACGGCUAAUGGCUUGAUCGAAAUCACAAAGAUCGGAUCUUGUCAAUUGACGCCUGACGUACAAGCUGAUGAAGUUUGUUAUUGGCCUCACGCGCCAGCUAACAUUUUAUCAGUCAGACAACUGAUGUCACGAGGCAUCAUCCCAAACUUCUUGAAGAUGUGUCUCGAAGUGCAUCGCAAUGGCAAAGUUGUAGGGAUCCUACCCUUCGAGAAAAGACAAGGAGUCUUUGUGCUGGUUUGUCAAGGUACUACUACUAACUUACCUAAUUUAGAUUCUACUCCUAAUAGUCAACUAAUUAGUCUCAAGAGAGUUUCUCAAGGAGAAACUCACAUAGUUAAACAACCUAAAAAGCACAAACCUAGCGAACUAACUAGCAUGCUAAUGCUACUAGCCGCUAUCUCCAUGGAGUCGAUAGCCAAAGUCGCAAAAUCUAUGGCUUAUCCCUCUUAUCAAAAGCUUUGGGGCGCUGUGAAAAGUAUCACAGAACCCAAGCACCAUCAACACGCAAGAAAACUUGUAGUCGAAUUUCUAGUAAACAACUUAAACCGACUCAAGAAAGAAAGCACUCCACGCAUGCGAUUUGGAGGAAUCGACGGACGUCAUUUGCGUCACUGGAUCGCACUUGACACGUUCUACGUUCCCUUACCCACAGGGAAGCUUUGAGUGUUGCAUGUUAUUAAUCUUUUCUCUCGUUUCAGUGUUAUCCACGUUCUGCCACGGAAUGUAGAUUCACCAUCUGCCAAACACAUCGUUGACUUUGCUGAGCAAUUCCGCGCUCGUGGUAUGCUCUCGCAAUUCGUCUUACUUGAUGGAGGAAGUGAAUUUGUUAACUUCUCUUUCCUCAACUGGUUACUGUUGCAUUGCUGUCAUCCCAUCAUUACUCCACGCGCAUCACCGUGGGUUAAUGGAGUGAUCGAGCGUCGACGUAGAACCAUAAAACAGAUCUUCCAUAAGCUGAUCUUGAUUUAUGGAUAUGCUCACGCUGUGCAAAUCUUGUAUGCGGCAGUUAACGCUGCCAAUGAAAGCCCGACAGCCAUACUUGAAGGCUUGUCACCUCAUCAGUAUCAAUUCGCAUCUUCGCCCGCAUUCAUGAUGCCCAAAGAGCCCGAGCACAUGAAUGAGAUCGAGCUCAAUCGGCUUACGUAUGCUAUUUCGCAACCAAAUAGCACGUAUAAAAUCCGAUGCGAUGCUCGUUCUGUCCUUGAAAGACUUCGAUGCGACAAAGUGUUCAUUGAAGAAAUCAAGAGACUCGCGCAACAACAACGUAACUACUACAACGAAUCUGACUCACUAAAAGUUGGAGACGAAGUCGAGUGGUUCGAUUAUAAUUCAUCGGCCUGGUACGGUCCAGCUCGAUUGAUUUAUAUUCAAGAAAAUGACAACUCAAAAACGUUCGUCAUUGAUGACUCUGGUAGAUACAAGCGCAUCCACCAAGGUCACAUUAGAAAACGCGCCACACUUGACGCCAUGGUCUUACCGCGCGAGUUGUGGCAUGUUAUUCGCGCAACACAUCCUAAGCAAGACGCUCUUGCUAACAGUCCAAACCUACUGGACGCAGCAGAAGCAGUCAAGGAUAAAGAAACUGCUUCACAGUUUGAACUUGCUAAAGUCUCUGCCAAGCAAUUGCCUGCUGAUCCUACUAAGGACGCAGCAAACAACGACGACAGCAACGACCAAGGAACUUCAAUUCCAUUCGUUCCUGUAGCAAAAGACAAUACUUCGCCCGCAGCAACUAAGCUGGAUAUAAUCUAUUAUAAUCCAGAUAGUCUGAGAAAGCUAGUAACAGAGCGAAUUCCCCGCCUCUCUCUGUUAUUAUUGACCCGGCCGGCCCUGGUUCGCCUUCGCCGGCUGGAAGUCCCCCGGAUUUCCCCAGGAAAUCUGUAAGACUGACAACCCUCGACCCCCCCCAAGCACAAGGCGAACACCCGCACGCCCCGCCUUCCUCCGAGUGUAGUGGUGUGCUCAGUCAGGACCUGCGCCGCGCGUGUCCGUGGGCUUGUCGCUCGCAUGGCCCCCGGUCGUGUCGUGGGCAAGUGGUCAAAGACUGAGCGGAGAAGAGGCCGCCACUCGAUCGCGAUGUCCUCUUUUGUGUCUCCCUCAGUCCUGUGUUCCCGCCAGCCUCCUCGGAGGUGGCUUUGUGUUCCCCGGCACCUGCCGAUCUCUGUGCCUCGUGAGAGUGAAAUCACCAUCAGGAGAGAAAUCGCCAGGCCAGAGAGAACUUACCACACCACCGCCUGCUUUUCGCUCUGUCUUACGCUCGUCUUCCCUCGUGCACAAGCUGCGCAGGCGUUCCACACACAGAGAAAAGAUGCCUAUCGCACUUUCCAUAUUUCUUGACGCGUCACCUUCGACCUUCUGCUCGCAAUCCACCGAGCGCACCAACUGCGUGCGCGCCUCCGCCGAGCCAUCGGAGGUCUCUCUAUCCCUCUGCCACAAGAGUGACAACAGAUGCCUUCGCCUUCGCUCAUCCCGAUUUCUCACAUCUCUCGCACACUUCUGCAGCGCCUCAACUUACAGGAAGGGCAUGGGCUCCCCUGGCUGCUCCAUAUUGGCCCGGUGGUGCCAGUUCUCCGCUUUUGCUUUCACUUGCUGCUCUUUCACUCAGAUGGCGACGCGUUUCUUGUUGUCUGUGCGUCCUGACUAUACUUGGUUUACCAAGUAGAAACGUCCAUCAUCAUGUUGUUGAUUUUUUCAUACUGUUCCGCCACUGCAUUCCUGCAGGACGGAUUUCCGUGUGUCUUGCAUCUGUCACGCUCGUGAAAUAUGUAGAAAUCGCACGAGAUCAAAGAUGAAGACGAAUAUGUAGCUCGUGAAUGAUAUGACUUAGCCGCGCACUGCGGUGAAUUUCUGGCUAGUUGUCUAUCUCUCAAGAGCAAAAAGAAUGAAAAUUUGACAUCUUUCAACUAUAUGAAGAUCAAUCUCUACAGAAGUAUAUAAGAAUAUCAAUGCGAGUCGCUCAUCUCUCUGUGAUUAUAAUUAAAUAAUGAUAGUUUAUGCGUAGAAAGAAGGUGGGAAGAUGUGAAGCUGUUCAUUUGCCAAGCAGGAAAUAACUAAAACAACUGAAACAAGUGAUGAAGUCAAUGCAUUGAAGAUCCACGAGGUUGCUAACAUCUGGCAGCCAACACCUGAAGAGCAUGACUCUGAUAUAAUAAAUUUUUAUCAAUAGUAUUCAUGUAGAGGGUUUUGCAAUCUUCUAGAUAUUUCAAAUAUAAAUAUUUUAUUUCUUUUCACAUGUAGGUCUUGUUUUCUCUCACUCGUUAUGUGUCAUGUGUGCCAGCUCGUUCCGCUCGCCGCUUUUUCCGUCAUUUUGCUCCUGACCUACUGGCCCAGGUCGAUGUUGACGGAUGCCAUCUGUAGCGGCUGCUGUGGUCCAUUCGCUGCAUUGUUCGCAGGGUUGUUUCCGUUCGGGAACGCUCGUUUGAUACUGGCAUAGAUAGCGUUUCUCGGGCAGGGGCAAAGGAAGUCCCAGGUCUCGUCCAGAUCGUUGAAAGCUGCAAUAGCACUGUUGUAGUCAUCUGAAGAGAAGGGUGUGGAAAAUUGGUGAGACCUAUACAAGAUGAGAAAAUAGAAGGAGUGAGGUCUGUUCUUGGACAAAACUUCUGACCAAUCUAAAAAAUUGCAAAUCUCUCGGAGGAUCCACCUAGAACCGACGCGGUAAAGAUUUUGAGGCUCAAAAUGAGAGAAGUAACAGUUUCUAUCUUCACUCCUGAAACAAUGGAACCGAAGGUCAAACAGGAGAAAACACUUGCUGCCAAAGCUGCCGCAGCUUGCUCUUUCACCGUGCGAGCAUCAUGCUCACGGUAAGCCUUCAGGAACUCCUGAUACGGCGGGAGCAGCUCGGGGAGCGCUCCCAUCGACACCUCGAGGGUCUGCUCGUGCAACACCAGGAGCGCCUUGCUCUCCUCUUCCUCAUCCAUUGUCUCCAGGAAAACCGUGGCCAAUUUGCGGACACCAGAUAGGAGAGGUUUGAUGGGGUCAGACUCUUUCACUCCAUCAUGCCAGAUGGCGUCGCGGCUUUCGGUGAUGGCGGUCUCGGUGUCCUGCGGAUUGUUCGGAUCGUAGUCCGCGAAGGCGGCGGACAUGGCAAGCAACUUCUCCUUGAUCUUCUCGAUCCCAGCAGAAGCACGCGCUUCGUCAAGCUCGACGAUCUUGGUGCGGAACGUAUUAGGCAGGCCUUCGGUGAUUGCGCCUGGCAUCUUGUGGUGCGGGCGCUGCCCAUCAACGCGCACACGGUUGCACAAACCCUGCAACGAUGCGAAGGCCGGAUGUGGUUUCGCUGCCUGGACGGUAAACUCGGCACGGAUUAAGCCCAGCUUAGUUACAACGCGCGGAUCCAUCUGUUUGGGUGUGAUAGGGUGAUAUAAGUAAUAUGUUAUAGGUGCAAACGUCAGCUUUAAGCUGAAAAAUGGUCAUGAUCUUCCUCUCUCGAAGUCUCAACUCUUCUUAUUCAUCUCUCACCCAUCUGAAAUCAAUCCAAAUCACAAAAAAAUACCAGGUGCUUUGCCUCGACCUCGUUGUUCAUGCCGAAGAGGUGCCUGACGCAGAUCUCCAGCAGGAGCAUCUCGCCACUUUCUGCCUGAUCCAUCGCGGACUCGAACUGGAUGUCUGUGACUUGACCACGGUCGGCGCCAUUGGUGGACAAGAAGGAGAUGCACGCGAGUUGCACCGUUUCAAUGCGUUCAGAAGUGGCCGCGACUUGGACGGCCUGCAGUAGAAGAAAAGGAGAUGAGGAAAGGAUGAAGCGAUGGGGUUGAAAUAGACCUACACCUUAGUAGGCGAUGAAGAAUGGAGUGCAUAUUUAUAUUUCAACUGAAUCUACGAAAGGAGGUCAGACAUCAGACAAACCAGAGCGAAAAGGUUCCGGAUCAUCUAACAAGGAGAGGAAUUACCGUCCAAAUUCCGUGCCAGAAGACCCACUGAGGGCACUUCUUCUUCUCUGGGCCGUUGAUCAACGGCAGCAGCUGGUUGUACAGGACCUCAACGCGGCGACGCCAAGUCGCUUGCUGCAUGAGAUCACAACUCGCAGCCAGUUGCUUCAAAUAGCUGCUUGCCUGUAGACAAUAAGCUCUCCCUUUUCCUUGAUUCCACGUAUUCAUGACCGCCAAAGUCUUGCACUUCGCGACACGCUCACCUUUGCGUGCUUUCGCUGCGCCUUCCACAUACGUGUGGGCCGCCGCCACUUCGCAUAGCACCUUAGCGUUGGCAUCGGGGAGAAGAGGCAUCAUGUGGAUCAGACCAGCAAGCGCACGGCACGCAUUCUGCUCGUCCGAGAUGGCAGAAUAACGGUCGAACAAGUGGGUCUGGUGUGUGGGUGGUGAUGAUCUUUGAAACCCUUAUACCAGUGGGUGAAGAGUUCACUUGUGCCCUAAAAUCAACCAAAAUGACUACGGUCAAAAAUAAAAUCUAAAUAGCAAGCCACAACGAGAUCAGUUCAAAAAUGCUAGAACUUAGCAACUUUUAAAAACUUGCCAUCGCCUGGAGUUCAACCAAAAGAAUCAGUACCAUCAGAGAGUUCGUCUGCUCAUUGCUCACACCCACGAAGGAGCCGUCAUGCAACAGGACCAGCUUAGCCGAGAUUUUGUCGGCGCGGGUCAAAAUGCCAACGUCUCUGAUCACUCCUGGCACACGCUUGAGGGCCCUCGCAAUGGCACGCUCAUGCUCAAGCGACAGCUGAGUAUCGAUAAGAUCCAUAUCCAUCUCAGCCAGCUUCUCCACCCGAGCCCUGAUACGGGUCUUCACAUUUCCCUGGUCACGGCAUAGGGUUUUCGUGUUUGCGAUCAUGCUGGCCGUAUUCUGGAAAUUGUGAGAUUUAGAAAGUCGGGGGAUAAUUUUAGAGGGGUUGAAAUAAGUUGAUGAGAGAUUUUUUUUUGAUGUUUGACUUAAAUAACAGCUUAAGACUUUGCUGCGAGAGUCUUAGGAUUUCAGAGCGGUGAACCAUGAGGAUCCUACUGGGCUACCCCCACGCUUUAUGAUCAGUCUUAUUCUGAAUCAGUACUAGGCUAAGUACGAAAAUCUAAGCACCUGACUAUCUAGUACCGGUAGCCCUGAACGCGUGCGAAUCUCCUCGGCUGUGGAGUCUGUAUCGUGACGCACCAGGCGCUUACCACCACGCCCAUAAGGGCCGUUAUUAGCUGCAUUCCAAGGCAUUUUCGCCGCAAUUUUAUGAGAGUGAGAGCCUAGCAAGUUGUUGUGAGAGGGGCAGCACUUCUUCUGUUAUUAUUUGCGACUCUUUUAACAGUUUUAUUGUCUUAUCCCAGUGUGGUAACUAACUCAUAUAGGCCGCUCUGCUAUAACAAAAUCAAUGAGUUGGUUGCAGUUGUAUUUGAUCUUGUAGUUGUUCGAGCGCUUUCUUUAGUGGUGGUUGUUGGCACAGAUCCGCUUACUGCAACGUCGCCAUGUAUUUUCUAGUCCUGUUUACUGUAUAACAAACCACUUGUAGUAGGGCCUCUUGUUUUUGACAUGUACAGGCUUGCAGAGUAAGCCGCGCAUGUACUCAAAUGGGCUACAAUUGUGGAUGAUAUAGGCGAUGGCUUGGAUUCUCAGACGAAUAGACUCGCGCUCAUGACCAAAGAAUCGGGGCAGGAUCUUCAUCGCAGGCCUAUCUAAACAAAUACUAACCCACAUCCUGAUCCAGGUAGAAGGAGAUCCAACAAGGAGACCGAUGGAUGGGACUCUCUGUGCCGAGAAGUGCGUCAGCAAGUAGAAACGGAGAUGAGGACGAAGACUACGGAUCCUUCUAGCGCCUUUUCUCUCAGCUUGUGCUCGUGCUUGGCGUUUCUCUUCUCGCCAAGCGUGUCAGACCAGUCUAUUUGGUUUCAGUCAUUUCCCAGGGCAUAGCCUGGCCCCAGACUCCAAAGUGGUCUCAUCAUUUUCCACACCGGGAAGAAGAUCUGAGCCCCUUACUUCUAGCAUCGUCCUGCUUCUGAAGCGUCACUAUCUGUAUCAGCAGAAGCCUAACGCGUUGAGAUUUUUAAACCAGGAGGCUAUCUCCAACGCUGCGCCAGAAGUCCAUUAAUCCUAAGGAGAUUCGAGCGCAGUUCUGACUACUUGCGCCCGCUAUAUAGUAACCACAUGAAACGGACAAUACACAUGAAGAUGAUUGAAUAAGUCGACUAAUUUCGUUCAUAUUUAAUGCUCUUUCGUUUGUCCCUAGUCUAGAAGUGCUGCCCAUCACGUAUUUGUCUUAGUUGUAUCGCUAAUCUCCAUACAUAAAAUUAAGCGUUUUAGUGGAGUGGGAGUGAGGGCAACCAGGGUAAGAGACCGCCUGUCACUUCUGGGCCAAUAGUCCGGGAUCAUUUGGCCCAAGAACAGUCCGCCUGCCGCCGGGUUUCCUGCCUGCAGAUGAGCCUGAGCCCCUGGCCCACGAGGCCCAAGUCAUGCUGAUAAGGGCCUCGAGAGCGUUUGCGUGGGUCGCAGGGCUCAUUCUCUUGCCCUUUGCCCGUGCCUCCGUUCGAAUGCGCUGGAAGUCUGCUGGAAGUCCGUCAGAUUCCAGACUGGCACCCCAAACUGCAUCUCGGGAAAGUGUUUGGAGCCUCCUCAGAAGCUCUUCUGGAGGACCCUGGCCAGACUUCCUGGAAGUCUCCUGGAAGUCUCAUGGAAGUCUCUGGACCCCUCUUCUGGAAGUCUGUGGAAGUCUCAUCUGAGCGGCCAUUUGUAGUCGUGGAAGGGUCCCGGCUACAGAAAUUGGCGUGAGACUUCCAGGAGACUUCCAGACAGGGGUCAGCCAAAACGAUCCCAGACUUCCAGAAGACUUCCAGGUGUCUUCCACAGGGUCUUUUGAGCGAAAGCACCGGAAACGCAGCCAGAGAUCCACCACCGCCUAGCCCAGUGGGAAGCCGAUGCCGAAGCGCGCCAGAGUGAGAAAAUGGCCAGGGUCUUAUAAUAGCAAGAAAUACAAGGGCGAAAAAUAUAAGGAAUUCCAUCGGUUUAAUCAACUCCGAGAUUCUAACUUUAUUAACAUUCAGCCAACUAGUAAUCUGUCCUCGUAUCUUGUAACUUCGUCAAGUAAAUAAUUCUUCUGAGGUUCACUGAACUACUUCGCAACACAUAUAAUCAUCACCCUUUCAUAAGCUCGCUGUGCAACAAUAUCAGCUCCAAAGUCCAUGAAGCCGCUCUUCAAUCACAGCACGAAAUCAUCACCAAAAUCGCCUCCAUCGUCAGCUUUAUUUGUGCUGCUUGCUGCGCCACCUGUUUUGCCACGCAUCUUGCGUAUGAUCCUAUUGCAAUCCUCCUCCAGCUCAGACGCAUCUGUUGCGGGAAAGUCGUGCCAUUCUUGACCACCAAAAUCAGGCAGAAGACGCUCCAUCAUCUCUGGAGAAAUAAACAACUCCUCAUCGAUUUCUUUCAGCCUGUGCAUGUCUCCUUUUGCCACCAUAGUGGCGUAGUCAUUCACGUCCUUGCAGUAUCGGUCGUACGCUGCGCGCAUGAACUCCAGAUGGUGCUUGCCUGGUGUGAGGUGCGGGUUAGCCACGUGGAGCGUACCUCUUUCGCAUAUGAAUCUGCUGCGUAUGGACCAGAUGUUGAGGAUAGAUUCGGUGAACUCCAUGGUGUCGCUUCCCAGCCGUCUGGAUCGGUUCGCGUUCACCGUGGCCUCGCAGUUCAUCUGCAUAUACGGAGAUCCCAGGAGCUGCACGAAGGUUUUGGACAGCGCUGGGUCGAUUAUUUUCGCCUUCAAACGAACGAUAGACUUGCCCGCCAGCUUUGCAGAUCGUUUGUCGGUGUCCUCCUGGACGCGAAAGCCGUCUACUCGAAGAGGCAGCAACCUUGCCUGUGCAACCCGGCGGUCCUUGCGAAAAGCACGAGCUUGAGCUUCUUUCUUGCUCAUUGGUUCGUCUAGAUGCUGCUCAGAGUUGCUUUGUCCAUUAGAUUUAUCGCCACACUGCGCAGAUUUCUCAGCAGAAGAAGAAGCUUUUUCCCCAGUGGUGUCCGCAGCUGGAUCAGUGCUUUCCAUUGGCAGGCCGAAGCUCAGAUGUCUAUUGAUCAUCACAACUCGAUCCCGGGCGCACGGGUUGCCAACAGAUGAGUAGGUGGGUCGCAAGGUCUCCUGCAAGUUGUACUGCUCUGCAGGUCAGCGACUUGUGCCUUCGACAUUGUGGAGAUGACUUCUUUCAGUUGUUCAUCCUUUUUGGGUCGUCCUUUGCAUGGUCCUGACUGCAUGAGCGCCACCUUCUCACCCAGAAAAAUCCUCACUUCCUUCUCAUCUGCAUUCGGCUUCACCACUACUUUGUAGAAGUCCGCCACUGUAUCCAGAUCCCAGCGAUUGUUAUCCUUGUCGGAGUUCAACAUGUUGCCGCGAGGAAAGUAAGUUGUCUCUCCAUCCACUGCGUCCGCCCCCUCGAACUCCUGCAUUUGUAUAGCCUUAAAAGAAGCAGGCGCGAGGACGAUGUCUAGUAUGAUGAAGUGCUUCACUUCCUCGGAGAUCCUGUUCUUGAAAGUUGUCACUAGUGUUGGAUGUAGUAGAUUUGUGAUGUUGCAGGCCUGUUGAUCUACCGCUGCAGCAAUGUUGUCACCCCGCUCCAAAUCUUCAUCGAGGCCCACGCCUUCGCCAUCACUCUCCAGGUCGUGGUCUGGUUGAAGAAUGAUGUGAUCUGGCUCUUGUCCCACUGGGACAUUAUCUGCGGCUGUCUCCUUUAGUUGUUUCAGCUUCUUCCGCUGUGCUCUACACCAACGCGCAAGAAGAACAGCACUACUAGGGAUGUGCUUGCUUUUAAGUGUUAUUUUUGGUGGUGCUUCUCGCUUGAUGGGAUGAUGAACACGGCUACAGCGCUGCGCCAAAAUGCGAGUGUAGUCCUCUUUUGCACCUGAGUGCCGCCCUUGUGCCUCUGCUCGCGUGUCUGCGUAAAAUCUCGCUUCUUCUUGUACGACUGCACGAGGACGCGCCAAAGCGUCAUCUCCUUCUCCAGCACUACUAGAAGACGCGUCACAGGCUAUCGCUUGCUGCACUAGUUUCCUGUGGAUCUGCUGUGAUAGCCGUAAGUAUUUAAUCUUCUCUUCGUUAUUUUUCCACUUGCUCAGCUUGUGCGUGCGUUCGAUCUGCCUGCCAUUUUCUGGUAGUGCGGUGUCGUGAAGCAAGUCCUUUUUCUUGAGGUCGAUGGCCCUUGGGGCAAUGUACUGCUUCUUCACCUUUUUACUAGGUGCUUCUUCUUCCUUGUCAGACUGGUCUGCGUCGUAAUGAAGUUGAAGCUCGCUGUCUACUUGCGUCUCCGCGUUACGGAAAUCAGACCUGUUCACCGCAACAUCUGCGCCAGCAGUAGACUUGAGGCUCCCCUUGACCCUCCUGCUCUCGUUCUUGAAGCGGCCAAUUUUCCGCUCACAGUUUUUCUGUGUUCUCUCCCUCCCAAGGAGGAAAUCGACCGCCCUUCGCAAACGGUGUGGCCUCUGCUUGGCAGGCUGUGCUGCGUGCCACUGCUUUAACGAGUGCAACGCCAUGGUUCCAGGGUCGCCGGCGAUGUGCUCAGCCGUCCACUGUUCUAGCCAGGUCGUUGCGCCAGCUGGGUUGGCUUUGUAUUGCCAUAGCCACGCCUCAUGCGCCUCACUCAGCCCAUCCCGGUACCACAAAACCACCCGCGCAUGGAUAAGGGCUAUCUGCGCCACCUGCCUGAGAAAAUGCACCUGGAAAUGAAGAAUAAACAUGCUGGCCAGCUCUGAAAAAAAUAGGCUGCUCCCCCUUCGUCACAAAACUACGACUAUGUACUAGGUUCCCUAUUCCAAGUGACAGGCUGUAGCUUCUUUGAACACCUAACCAAACUACCACUAAGUCACUACUAUUGAGGCAAGGGAUUCCAACUUGAAUAGACCCGCCGCACCCUCCUCCACCCUAUCACCUAAAUACACAGAGAAAAACAAACUACAAAGAGAGAAAUUACCAGAGAAAUCUGGGCCGGUGAGAGCGUUAGCGGGUCGCCCCCUAUGGUGCAGAAGAGGACGCUGAUGUCUUUCAUCACUUGCUCCCCAUGCCAGAGGUAUUUCAUGGCACUCACCCAGAGUUUUGUGAACUCAUCGCGGAGCCUGUCGCGGCGGGUCUAUUUUAGAAAUAACUGAACUGUGUUUUUUUCGUCAAAAAUUAAAAACUUUUGGCGAAUUAGUGGGUCAUUAGUGGGUAUUGACCCGGUCGACCCACUAACGACCCAGUAAUGGCACACUAAUAAUUAGUGGGUCAUUAGUGAGUAUUAGUGAGUAUUAGUGAGUAUUAGUGAGUAUUAGUAGGCAUUAGUGGGUUCUGUAAUUUUUUCUCCCAUUUUUGUCCAAAAAGUGUUGCGUUUUCAGUGGUUUCUUGUUGUCUUGUAAUUGCCUCUUUUUGAGGUUGCUUGGAAACAUGAUCGAGCAGAUAUUGGCUGUCCGUUUGUCCUUAAGAGCUUGCAUUCGUCAGCCGUGGGACACUAGUGUGCCACUAAUGGAGCAGUUAUGGGUCACUAAUGGACCACUGACGGCCAUUAGUGAGUAGUAUUUGGUAAGUAAUGGCCCAAUCAUGAGAUACUUAGUUAAGCAGAGGCAUCUUAGUAGCUAGUUAAUUUACGCGCUGCAUACGACUCAGCGGAUGUGGAGGGGCAUCAUAUAGUGGAACGAGAGAGCCUGCAGCUGUGGUUGUGUCUGUUGAGACGCCCAUAUAUGUGAAGCGAUGCUAUGGAGACCUGUGUGCAGGCGUUGUCUUUUCCUGCACCAUGAGAACACAAACGCAACACUUACGGAUAAACUUGCGCAUCUUACCGCGACUGUAUGAUCGAAACGUCAAGGAUAGUCUUUUGAACAUUGUGAAGGACCAGCAGCCUGUGCGUUGUCCAUGCCUCUGGUUGUCUAUGUGAA